AGUCUCAUCAUGUUCGGAGAAUUAAAUUCUUUGACAGAUUUCAGUGAGAAGUCUCCACCAAAGAGAAAGUUUUUGCUGAUAACAGAUUGCCAAAAUGAUGGAAGCUUUCUCAUUCAUCACUUCUUAUCCUUGUACAUUAAAGGAGGUUUCAAAGUACUUUUCAUUGCCUUGGUCCAGUCUUUUUCUCAUUACAGUAAUGUUGCACAGAAAUUGGGUAUAAACCUCAGCAGUAUCUGUGAGAGUGGCCAGGUGACAUAUGUCGAUGGCUUAAGUUGUAUAUCUGAAGCUUUAGCUGAUGAAAGUCAACAAGAUGCCUUCAAAAACUCACAUAGUAGCACAGUAGGAAAUGAAAAUGCAGAUCACAGCAACCCUUUUAAAAAUGUCAGAGCCCCAACAUUUACUCUUCAACCAUUAUACAACAGAAUCAAGUCAUCUUUGGGUACUGAAACAAAGCCCUGUUUGCUGCUGAUUGAUGAUCUAACCGCUCUACUCUCCGUUGGAGUUCCUCUACAGCAAGUUACCAAUUUCAUACACUACUGUGUUACUCUGAUGUGUCACUCUCCAACUGUGUCAGAUGGUUGCCUGGUGACACUUGUACAUAAUGACAAUGAUGUUGAUGAUGAAGAAUCCAAGUUGCUAUGGAAACAGCUAUGCUAUCUUACCAAUAUAGAGUUUCAAGUCAAAGGGCUUAGCAGUGGUUAUUGUAAAGAUGUACAUGGACAGCUAACCAUAAAUAUCAGAGACCAGAGGAACAUUAAACAAAGCUCCAAAGUUGUUCAGUACACGACUCACGACAAAAAUGUCACUUGCUUCGCUCCUGGAAUGUCCAAGGCUGUUCUUUAGAAUAGAAGAGCAGAUGAAUCCUUUCAUUCACACAAGUGAUCAAAAUCUUAACUCUCUUUACGUUUUCAAUACCCUUAAUUUCACUUCAAUAGAAUUUUGAGCUGAACAAUGAGGAAUAUGAGUUAAGACAGCGAAAGAGUGUCCGAUGUAAUACGAAGUACCUGGAACAAGCGAAG